AUGGCUGCUACCGCCGAGGUUCGGGUUCGUCAGCAUGCCGGUUGCGAUGACCUUGAUGGCGAGGUCACGCUACCAUGCAUCCUAGACCGUCUGUCGAGGCUUGAACAUGACAGUUGUUCAUACCACGAGCUCCUCGACGACUUCGCCAGCCGAAGGCGCGUGGGCCCCGUAAAGAAGGAGCUGCCGGCGAAACACGUGCUCGAUCCCGCUGAAGAGGCAGACGAGAUCGUACAGCGCGUCGAACAAGCCGCCAGAAACUUUUCGGCGCAGAAGCUCGACCGAAAAAAACCAGGUGGCCUGUACUCCACCAUCGGCCGCAGACAAGUGGGCCUAGUCGAAACUGACAUAGACGAUCUCACGGCAACGAUCACCAGUCGAACGGAGGUACUGGCGGCCGCCAAAAGCACGGCCGUGGCAAAAAGCCUUACCGAACACAGCAACGGUGUCCUGGCCGGACUUUUAAGACCGGACAAAACGACAACUCUUCCGACAAUUAGCCCGUCUUGUUUUCAAGACCCGUUGGACUCUAGCUCGCCCAUCACGGGUUCUCCGAAACGUUCGCCUUUCAGCCGUAGCACAACCAAGAUAAGACGCUCGAAUGGGCGAGGCCCGAGUGAACCGGCAGCAACAGCAACAACAGCAGGAGCAUCGGCAGAAGAAAGCGAAGAGGGUCUAGAAAUGAGCGAACGCAUGAAGGUCAUCGGGGUAGACGAGUCCCAGCAUCGCGAGGAUCUCGCGGACAAUCUGCGCCGGUUGCGUACCCUUCUGGGCGAGCCGGAGGACAAAGUUGAGGCUCGGCGAUCCGGCAGCCCUUCCGUUCUCUCUGUUCGGGAGUUGCGCGCAAUAGGAGCCGCACAAAGACAGCGGCUGCAACAUACCACGAAAAUGGAGGGUGCGGAUGCAUUAGCUGUUGGUCGGGGAACACAACAAGGUAGUACGGAUGAAGGGGUACAGCAGGAAAGGGCGGCGGACGAACUGGGUGCAAAGGGGAAUGUUCUUCUCAGGGACCUAGCCAAGACCUUGUUCUCGUCGAUGCAAUUCAGAGCCCAGAAGGAGUUCUUGCUCCUGGCCUUUCGUAAAUGGAAGGUGAGUACACCAUCAGACACUGCAUGUCCUGACUACAGUUUUCCAUCGUCCAACCAAAUCCACCGCGCCGUCAAGACUGUGUCUGGAGAAAGCGUACUCGCGGGGUAUCUGGGUGCGACAGUGCUUAUUCAACGCUCUUUGCGGCGAACGCUAGCCAUCACGGAAGCUGCGGAAAGGCGAAGACUCAGAGACAACCAGGCAAAAUCAAGCGUUGACGCUGCAGAGGUGGAUUCGUGGGGAGAGCGGUCGCCGACGAGCGCAACGGAGGCGGUGCCUGUUGCAGGCCACACGCAGGGUGCAACGGGCUGUGAGGAGCGCUUUCGGAGAGAGGGGGCUGUGACCAGGAUACAGGCCGUCUGGCGGUCGCGCGUGCUGAAACGCAACCUCAGCGCCCUCGUACGGAUAGGCAAGCGUACGCGAGCAAUCCGAAUCCAGCGCGCCGCGAGGGUCUAUCUCGCCAAGAAGGAGCUGCACAAGAGGAAGGAGGCAUUCUUGAUCAGAUACGCGGAUGAAAUAGCCUCCGCGAUCAAAAUUCAGAGUAUCGUCAGGCGGAAGAUCGCUUGGAACAGGGUGGACGAGAGGCGCUUCCAACGAUCAAAAGAGCAGCUGGUGUCAACCAUGGACGCGGAGCGUGCUUUGAGGAACCGCACGAUAGAGGUACCGAGGAUCAAGGCUGUUGCAGCACGGGAAGGGGCCGUACUGUCCGCCCAGGGGAAAGGGAUGCCCUACAUCAUCGAUCCUGUCGCUCUCAAGAUAUUGCUGGCCGACAAGAGACGAGCAAUUAACCCUUGGCAGGAGUCGACGGACAGAAAAGCUGCCACCAAGAUUCAGGCGUUGUUCAGGAGCCACCGACAGGUCGUGCGGAUUCGGCGGAUGAGGGUUCAACGACGUCGACAGGAUGCUGAAGCCCGCCGCGAAGCACAGUACAGGGCAGCAAACAACCUCCAGCGUGUUUUCAGGGGACGACGCGCAAGGGUGGAGGCCAAGUCUCGGCGAUACGGCCUCCGAGCUGUCAGGGUACAAAAAGUCUGGAGGGGUUUCCUGGGGAAGCGCGCCGCUGCAGACAGGCGACAACGCGUUCAGGCUGCCACUGUGCUGCAGCGAAGGCUACGGGGAGCGCAGGCUCGAUCUCUGGCAGCUCGUGUGAGGCGAGAAGCCGUCACGACAUCAGCUCCGGCAAUCGCGAUACAAGCCACCGCACGCCGAUACCUGGCCAGACGGCGGCGCAACAAGCUGGUCAAGGCGAAGCAAAUCGAGUGGGAGAUGACCACAAUGGCCAAGGAAAUGAGCCGCUUUUGCGUCGAAAGAGCCAGACUGAGAAAAAUUGCGGUGAAACGGAGCGGAGAAGAAGGAUCAGGUUCUUUCCGCCUUGAAGGCAGGGCGUUCAACAAGCUGUUCGCAAGCACUCCUGGGGUGUUUAGUUCUUCGUUCCUCGCUACCGAUGUCGACCUUGUCUUCGCCAGGGUCAAGGACAAAGACGAGAAGACCCUCACGUACGCGCAAUUCGCUGCUGCCCUCAACGUGGUAGCGGCCACCCUCUUCCCGAAGACCAAGCGGUUUCGUGACUUCCUUGCUUUCAAAGCCAAGGCCGCGAGGCUGCUGGAGCUGGUUGAGGGGAAGGUGCUCAAAGCUCCCGGAGCCACGGAAUACCGCAAGUUUUGCCAAAAAGCGGGUGAAAGGUUUGUGUUCCGAUCGGCAAACAAGAUUCAGGCGACAAUUCGAGGAUACCUCGGCCGUAAACGAUUCAGGCAGAAGCAACUGGAGAGCGACAAAGUGGCCAGAACCGCGUUAGAGUCACUGGAGGUGGUCAAAUUGCAGUCUCUUGGAAGGAGGUACUGCGCGCGCUGCCGCGCGAUCCGCCUCGCUCAAGCAAAAAUCUCCAAGUUCAUUGAUCCGACGACGCACCUACCUUACUGGCUGAACGCUACAACGGGUGUCACAACCUGGACCAAGCCUAAGGUGUUCGGAGCCGCCGAUGUCGAGCAUGCCAUGAUGGUUGCUACGUCGAAGACGGAGCAUUUGGUAAUAUGUUCGGUGUGUGACGUCAGGCCCGUGAGGCGGAUGUGCACCUCUUGCAGGGACAGUUACUGCGAAGAGUGCUUCCAGGCUCUACACGGAAGGGGCAAGCGACGAGCACACGUCGCUCCUGUCAUCCACAUGUGUUGUGUUUGCAAGUACCAACAUGCCACCCGAAUUUGCGAGACUUGCACGUUCAAGACCAGCACUACGUCCGCGUACUGUGACGUUUGCUUCUUCAACAAACACCCGGGUCUAGACAAUCUGUCCAAGGCAGAGGCCGCCGCGAUCGAAGAGGGAAGAGGAGGGGGGGGGGGAGGGGGGGCAAAGGCAUGGGCUUUGACCGCUGCAAGAAAACAGGAGGGGUGGAAUCACAGAUGGACUCCUUUAGUGGUAACCUGCGUGGAAUGCCGACGGUACGCGGCGAGGUGGCUGUGCGAUGAUUGCGAAGAGGUCUACUGCGUUGGAUGCUACGCCUUCGUACACAGGCACGGCACUAAGGUUAAUCACGGGGCUGAAAAACUACCAUACUACCCGGCUAGCCUCCACAUGGAGUACGCCAUGGCCUGCCGCAAGCGCAGCCGGAAGGAGAGGGACGAGGAAGCGCGCUCUCUUUGGUUGGAGGACCAAGGACGAGCGAAAGAACGUGCAGCCGUGAGGAUUCAGGCACGAUGGCGAGGCAAGAUUGGCCGCAUCGAAGGGCUGGCCCAUUUGAAGGCUGGCAGGGCAAGGCAUCGCGCAGAAUGGAGACAGAGAAAGAAAGACGACCGCAAGCGGAACGCACUUUGGUACGAGGCUCUCGACUUGGCGGGUAUCGUUAGACGAGGUUUCGAUUUUGGCACGGUCGACGAACUCAAGGACCAAGCCGAGAGAGGGGGGAUUCGUUUGCCUGGGGGGCACACAGUGAAAACGGGGCAUCGCUGCAUAUACACCGACCCAGCCUACGUCAUGGGGGAUUUCCUCAAGCCGAAAAACAUCAUCCGCGUGCAGGGCGAGCUGUUCAAGGUGGAAACCGUGGAAGCAGACCGCAUUCGAGUGGAUCGUGUUUGGAACAAGCGGGGCUCCAAGCGUGUCUUGCUGUACAAGAUGGUGCUCAAUCCAAGGCAAAAACUUCUUUUGGGCGCAUCCAGGGCAUUCUGGAGUUCUCAAGCAGUGCAAUACGGCAUUCAGGUUACUUUGGUCUUGGAAGAAGACGUCAUAAACCGCAUGCUCCGGAACGCCGCGAAAUAUUACAAGAGGAAACGCCGAAAGCGCCUAUACACCCUGGCGAAGAAGACCCUCAAGAAGAGCGAGGAGCACGUUGGCUCUCUCAAGCUCAAGCUCAACGUCGCUCAGUUCGGGCUUGACAACAGUUUGCUCAGUGGAGAUUUGGAUGGAGAAAAUAAAGCAGCUGCAGCCGAUGACGGUGCUCCGGAGACUGCUGAGUCAGCCCUGGCCUGGAUAGAGGUUAUGAAUGAGGUACGUCUGAAGUGUGCUCGUCGGCCGUGGGGUGAGUUUGGGGCUCCCUUCGUGAACCUACAGUUCAUCAUCUCAGAAUUAUUAAGCUCGAGAAGCUGGAAGGAAGACCUUCAGACUACUGGUAGACCUCUAUGGCGGAACACGGUCACCGGCGAGGAAAGCUCUGUGCCGCCAAAGGGCAUGGCGAACAUCGAGAAAAUGACCAAUGAUUUAGAAAAGCAAAAGCAAAUGCUCCGCGCAAAGAAGGCGAAAAAGCGAUAG